GCUGGAGACCAUUCCCACAUCCCAGCUGAUGAAGAGAGUGUCAAGAAACUUGUACAAGAAGAGCUGCGAAAAGAAAGCUUUACAGCUGUGGUUAUAACUGGAAUCAAACAGGACCACAUUGCUUAUAUGAAGGCGCAUUUCAAGCACUGGUGUCGUCAACUAGCGUACGACAGAUUCUAAAUUAUUACACCAGCAAUAAUACUCUAGUAACAAAGGAAUGUAGCCUUAGCUUGUUCAUGUUGGUAGUCUCUCAACUCUCUUUGAACAUAAUAUUUCUGACAAAAAUUGCCAUGAGUCAUCUGACAUUUGAUAACCAUCAGCAAGACUGUCGGUAAGGGCUGGGACCUAAAAUUUUCCCCCAGCUGCUGCAAGUGGCAGGGGGUCUCCCAUAUAAAAGUAGCAAUAAGGAUGCUUGUCAUCUUUCUUUGGGGUGUAAAUUGCAGAUUUUGGCCUCAUUAAGGGUGUUUGGGAUGGAAAGUUGCUAUUGAAAAUUAUUUGCCCAUUCAGGUAUUACUUAGUACUGUGCAUAAAGUAAUUUACAAAAAAUGCUGUGACACUGACCACACAGAAAUCUCUUUUAGGGAUCAGUUUAAGCUUGAGCCACACCCACAUUGGUCUUCCUUAGGGGUUUAAUUUGAAUUUUCUGAUGUUGAAUUCCCUGUCUACAAACUGCACAUUCCUUAUUAGGGUUGAGUGCACUAUAGAUUAAUUUUUGAACAUUGCACAAAAUGCAGUGAUUUUGUUACCUCUGUCCUGCCUCCUGGACCGAUAAAAAUCCCCAAAGAUGCAAAAUAAUUUAUUCAUAGCCAUGCAUCCCGUAGUACGCAAUGUUUGAUUGAUCAUUCUGAACAUGUGUAUUAUUUCGUAGGAAUAUCCAGCCUGUUAAUGCAAUUUCGGUGGUAGUUAUUAUGGAUGUUGUUUAAUGAUACAUAUUUCUUUUUGCCUUUGUUGUCAGGGUGCAAAGAAAGUCAUUGUUACAUUGUUUACUAGCCCAAACAUCUUUUCAACUAGCCCCAAAAAUGUUUUUGAUGAGCAGAAUUGAUUUCACAGUCCUUUUUUUUUUUGGAAUUCCACAAAAAACUUCACUUGCCUGUAGGGCAAGUUAAGAACAGAAUUUACUAGCCCGAUAGUAAAAUCCACUAGCCCCGGGCUAUCGGACACUACUUUCUUUGCAUGCUGGUUGUGCAUUAAAAUAGAAGGACUAAAAAUUAUUUUAAUUUUAGUUUACUGUGAUACAGAUUUUUGUAGUCUGUCUUCAGAUUGACUGUCUGAUUACAAAAAGGCCCAAGCAUUUUCAAUUUCUGACUUCAAUUUUUUUCAACUGGGACUCAUUGGUUCUGGAUUGGGACUAGCGAUUUUUCACAAGAUGAGUCCCAGGAUCACCAUAAGUUUUUUUAACUAUUUGUAAAAAGAUCACUGCAUUGUUAAACUACAGGUAAAAUAGCUAGCACAGUACUAGAAACAAACACUGCCCUGCUCAGUAGUUUUUAUUAACUAGACACAUUUAAAAACUCAUUCUCUGACUCCAUACAGCUGUAGUUGACUCAUUUUUAAAUGUGUUCGAUUCUCUUUGGCAGACAUAUUUACCAUUACUAUAUUCAUGGACCACGUGGAAAUGAUGAACCUGUAGGAAGAGGAACUACUGCAAGUCCUUUCAGAAACAUUGACAUACAGGUAGGUUUAUCUUCAAUAAUUUUAUUAUUCCUGAUGAAUUCCUCUUUUAUUGCCGUGUAGUCCCUUGGAAGGGGCAAACUGCCAGAACUGGUUGGCUGGACUGCUCAUUUUGAAAAGGAAAUAAUAAUUAUACUCUUUUGCUUGAGCAAAAACCCAUUACUUUAGGAUUACAAUGUAUUUUGUGUAAAUUAACCUGGCUGGCACUUAACUGUGUCCAGAAAUGCCAUAAUGGCAAAAAUGGCGAAAAUGGUGAAUCUGGUGCAAAAUUGCCCCAGGCCUUGCCAAAAUUUAAAUGUGAUUACUAGAGACAAAGUAUCUAUCUGUUGGGGAGCAAGGUUGGCGCAGUGGUGAGAGCACUCGCCUCUCACCAAUGUGGCCAGGGUUCAAAUCCCGGCAUCAACACCAUAUGUGGGUUGAGUUUGUUGUCGGUUCUCUCCCUUGCUCUGAGAGGUUUUUCUCUGGAUACUCCGGUUUUCCCCUCUCCUCAAAAACCAACAUUUCCAAAUUCCAAUUCCACCAGGAAUUAGGUAGAUGAAGAACCACUAUAUGGAUGUGCUACCUGCAAAUCGUUAUUUAUUUUAUUUAUUUAUUUAUUUAUUUACCAGCAACAUCAUCAUCAUCAUCAUCAAUCUUUACAUGAAAUUGUAUCACUUUUAAAUGGUCUUUGUGUAUAAAAUUAGACUAAAAUUUACCCUACUCAUAUUAUAAUAAUAGUUAAAAUCAGUCAUGGUGUAUGAAGGUAAUGUUUCCCAUGAAAUUAAGUUUUAAAAACUUUACAUUUAAUUUUAAGCUAAGCAGGUUUCUUAUCCGUCAGGGAAUCUUUUCCCACAGAACAUCAUUAUGGAUGAGCGUGGGAGUGUUGUCCUUUAAAAAGCAGGGUUUUUUUAUUCCUUCAGGUGGUUCUUUUUGAGAAAGGUAAACAACCUAAGAGAACAGAACUAAGGGAUAUUAAUGACGACAUGCAGACUCAGUAUAUCAGGACAGCUGCUUCCGUGUUUGAGUUCCGUGCCAAGGCUGAGAACGGUGGCGUUGUGGAGGGUGUUCUUCGUUACCAUCCUUUCCUCUAUGAUCGAGAAACUUACCCAACACUUGAUGGAGAAAUUCCAGGUAAAAAGCAUGCGACAGUUUCUCUCUCCUAGUGACCCCCCUUGUGGAUUGGUAUAAGAUUUGGCAACACUUCCCACCAGCUACCCCUUCCACUAACAUUUUGCCCUUAGUAAGAAGCUGGUGCUACAAGAUUGGGUUAGGGGAGGUGUAGGUGGGUUAAUUAUACUGCUUCAACCUUGUGCAGGUCCUUAAAAGUCCUGUGUUAAUUUGUAAAUUAUUAUUAUUAUUAUUAUUUUUUUUUUGGCUUUAUAGAUAAAAAUUAAAAAGUAUCAAAGGAUUGAUCAUUUCACAAGAAGCUACAUGAAAAUCAGUUCUAGUUUUAGACUCAAAAGUGCGCUACAUGCAACUAUAAUGUUCUGGUAGAUUAGACGUUACAAGAUAGUUUUAAUACAGGCACAUGCACAGUAAUCCUUCUCUUCAUAACAUUACUUUGNCAUUACUUUGGAAUUGUUGGAAAUCAACACAAAUUCUGGAAAAAUCUUAUAUUUUUAAAGAUUAGAAAAAAAUUAAUGCAUCAUAAUUAUGUAUGCUUAACAUGGAUGUUUACAAUGUAGUUUAAGGUUUCUCUUACGUUGUCUCUCUAAUUCAAAGUACAGUGAGGCAUAUGUCCCUGGGUAUUGGCAACCUGAAAAUGUAUCUGAUUUUAUGCUUCAACACAAAUCCUUAGAUACUAAAGUUACAAUGGAUGCAAUGUUCUAAAAAAGCAUUGAUUAUUAUUUUUCAGUUGUUGAAACUGUAGAAGAGUUUGGAGAACCAGUUGAAAAGGACAGUCGUGCUCCUAGAGGAAACCGACCUGUAUUUGAAUGUUACUGGAAUGGAAGGCUAAUUCCAUACACUUAUAUUGAUGUGUAAGUUUGGAAGUUACAGUACUUGUAAAAACUGGGAAUUGUAAAAUCAUGCUGAUCUCUUUAUUAUUCUUUUGUGUCAGACUUGAAUGGUGUCAGCCCCCAAAGAAGAUAACUAUUCCAAUGGAGUGUUACAACAGGUAUCUAAAAAAAUAAAGCAUGUCAGGGUUGUCAUUAAGAGCUGGGGGCCGGGGAUUUUCCCCGGCUACUUAUAGAGUGGUCCCCGGCGACUUUUAUUGGAAAAUAGAAGAAAAAUAGAACCAAAAGAAAUCCCUAGCCAUUUGAUUCCCCACCUACUUGUUGUAUUUACCCGGCAACUUGAAAUCUUAGUGACAACCCUGCAUGUGCUCCUUAGUACAUGUAAAAUGCAGUCAAAUGCAAUUCAUACUUAAUGGGGUUAACAACAAGGAGCACUUGUUUCAACCUGCUGGCCAGUGGUGUGUGCGAGAUGCACAUGUACCAAGAUCCAUCAUGCUCUGGGACCUGUGUGCAUCUUAGUGUUGUCUAGUGCAUUUUAGGGUUCAGCCAUUUUGGUGUGUUCGGCAACUUUUACAAUGUAGCGUGCUUUAUUCAGCGUGGGCGUAUCACAAAUGUUGUGACUCAGUUUAUAAGUGGUUUCUUCCCUCCCCUUUUCCACUGAUGUUCUCAGUGUGACGGGUGUCUGCUUUCUUCCCUGCCACGUGGGGGCUCUUGGCCGGGUUGCCAGGAUUUCCCAGCCGUGGGAAGCUGGCUGCCAAAAGUGGAAGCUCCUGGGUAUCACAGGCACCCAACCUCCACUUAGCAAUGCAGUUGUUAACUUUAUUUUGAGGCCCUUGUUAAAACUUCCAGUAGCUGCUUUUCUGUCACAUGUGCACUGUAUGGCCUCAGCAAGAAGCACACAGGCCAUAAAUCUUCAGCCUGUAGAGCAUGGUAGUCUCAACAAGAUCUUACACAAUGAUACCUCUUUGGCAGUAUAG